AUGCCUCCGCCGCCUCCUCCCCCCCCGCCGCCGCCGCCCAUGCCCGGGAAGGCUGCCGGACCUCCUAAGGGCGGACCUCCAAGGGGUGCUCUCCUUUCAGAUAUCUCCAAAGGUACAAGGCUCAAAAAAACCGUUACAAAUGACAGAUCCGCACCUCUUAUUGCAAAGUCGUCCGGAGGCUCGGGAGGCCCUCCUCUUGCGGGUGCCCCUCCGGUUCCUGGGAUGGCCCCUAAACCACCAGUCGGGCUGGCCCCCCCUGUCCCCGGAGGCGCUGCGAAUAGACUGAGAAGUAACAGUGCUGGAAAUGAUGGCUCCGGGGGUGACAGUGGUGUUCCAUCAGCGCCCCAGCUAGGCGGGUUGUUUGCUGGCGGAAUGCCUAAGCUGAAGAAGCGCGGAGCGCAGAAUAAGCUCGAAAGAAUACUUGCCUCCUACGGGAGCUGCGCCCAAGGCGCAUUACCAUCGAACAAAGCACCUACUUUUCGACCAUCUCCUCCACCAUCUAAAGAUGCUCCAUCAACACCUCCCGUCAACCCACUGGUAGCCAACCUCCGAAAACCACCACCACGACCGGCUCCAAGGCCAUCAUCCGCAAUCUCAACACACUCAACCAAACCAGAGGUACCACCGCCGCGCGCACCACCUCCAGUGCCAGGCUCUGGUAGGCUUCCACCUCCUCCUCCUGCGCCUCCAGCGUCAAGGAAGGUCUCCGCGCCUGCCGCUCCUCCACCACCACCUCCAUCAACAUCUCCUGCUCCUCCACCACCCAUAGCACCACCACCUCCGCUAUCGGCAGCACCCAGGCCACCUCCAGCGCCUCCCUCAGGCACAAAUGGAACACAGGCAUCAUCGAUAGCCAUGCAGGCUGCGCGCAAUGCAUUCGGGUCUCCGGCAGUCCCGCCUCCGCCUCCUCCACCAUCAGCUCCCGCGGUGCAUCCACCUCCUCCGCCGAUUUCACCUCCGUCAUCAGCACGAACAUCCUCGCUCGUAUCAACACCACUUUCUUCUCGUCCUUCCUCAUUUUCAGAUAACCAACAUAACGCACCACAUCAUCAGCCUCCCGUACGCUCCAUGCUUGACCCAAGCUCGUAUACCCUCACUAACGGCGGCUCACAUCGCCCCGGAGCCCAAAAGGGUUCAUCCAACGGUAGAAUAAGGAUCGAAGACCCCCGAUUCAAAUUUCAGAACGAAUCACAGUUCCCGAAGCCGAGAGAAUUCACGGGCGGCCAGAAGAUGUACAGGGCCGGUAGAGGUAGCAGCGUACCGUUAGACCUAACGUCUUUGUCAUGA